CGAAUUGACACUGCAGAAGGCUGAGCACGUCUGCAAGGCAGCCGAAACAUCAGCGCUUCGCCAAGAAACCUGGGAACAAGGUCAAAAGCAAGUGGACGCCGUUCGUAACGCAGGCCCGAACCCCAAAACGGCGCAAGUGAAGAUGUACAAGUGCUCCAAAUGCGGCCGCACACAUCAGCCUGGAAACUGUCCUGCGUUCGGACGAACUUGCAGAAAAUGCCAAAAGAGGAACCAUUUUGCAAUUUGCUGCAGAUCCUCCGCGCUGGUUGGCGAAAUUCAAGAUCACGAAGAUGACUUCAGCGUUUUAGAGGUAUCGGCAAGAGGAGUAAUAAGCCAACGUGAUUGGACGGUUCGAAUGACCGUAAACAACGUUUCGGUCGAACUUAAAGUAGAUACAGGGUCUCAGGCCAACUUGCUGCCCGUUGGUAUAUACAAUAAGAUGCACCCAAGCCCUGAAAUGAAGCAGAGUAGCGUGGUGCUACAUUCGUACGGUGGAGACACGAUCAAGCAUCUUGGAGUCGUCUGUACGGAAGUGACGCUGGGUGACCGAGCUAUUCCUCUCGAUUUUUUUGUAGUACGCAAAGGUCGCCAAGCAAUCCUGGGCCUACAAGCAACCGAACGCCUUGGAUUGCUCUCACGCGUUCACAGCGUAUCAAAGGACGGCUGUGAAGAAAUUGUGAAAGACUUUCGUCAUCUUUUCACUGGAACUGGCUGCGUGAAAAAAGUAUAUCACAUGGUGCUUCAAGACAACACUGUGCCAGUCAUUCAACCAGUGCGACGUGUACCGUUGGCCCUGACGGAACCACUACGGGACGAACUCGACAGGAUGGAGCACGCCGGAAUCAUCACGAGGGUCACCGAGCCUACCGACUGGGUAAGCAGCUCCUCCUGGCUGACAUGUUGUCACGUGCCACAACGAAGACAACGGCCUGCGACCUCGACAGCAACGAUGUAGAAGUACAUGCCGUGAGUACAGUCUCUUCACUUGUUAGUGAGGGCACAUGGAGGCGGCUAGCCACGGAAACGGCGCGAGAUGAACAACUAAGGAACGUGCUGCGGGACCUAGAAGCUGGAAAGUGCUUGGAGGGGCCGUGGAAACGAUUCGAGGGAGAGUUAUCAAACGUGAAAGGGGUCCUGCUCAAAGACUGCAAAGUGGUUAUUCCGGCUAGCAUGAAAGGCGAGACACUGGAAAGAAUUCACCAAGGGCACUUGGGAAUCAACAAGAGCAAAGCCAGGGCAAGACAACUAGUUUUUUGGCCGGGAAUGAACUCUGACAUAGAAUCAUUCGUCCAGACAUGUUCUAUCUGCAAAAAGUACGCAUAUAGCCAGCCUCGAGAGCCUUUACUGAUGCGCCCCGUGCCGGACCAACCGUGGUACCGCGUCGGCAUUGACAUUUUUGAAUACGGCGGGAGGUCGUACCUGUGCGUUUACGACGCCCUGACAAACUUCCCCGAAGUUGAACUCCUCAAAGAUAUGACGGCCAAAACAAUCAUUGACGUAACAAGCGCCAUUUUUGCUAGGCACGGCAUUCCGAUGGAAGUUUGCUCUGACAAUGGCCCUCAAUUUUCAUGUCAUGAAUUUGCGUUAUUCUCGCAACUGUAUGAUUUCAAGCAUGUAACGUCUAGUCCAGGAUACCCACGCUCUAAUGGGUUGGCGGAAAAAGGUGUUCAGAUAGCUAAGCGCAUCCUCAAAAAAACAAGUGAAGCGAAACAAGAUUUCUGGUUGGGACUGCUUGCUUUCAGGACCACCCCGCUCGAGUGCGGCGCAUCGCCCGCUGAGCUGCUGAUGGGGCGACGGCUCCGCACAACUAUUCCUGACGUUCAAGGCAACACCAGGCACGAGGUGCUCCGGCGUCCUCAGACAGACCACUCUAGGAGACCAUUGGCGCACCUGAGCCCCGGAGAUACGGUCCGGAUAAAGAAAGGAACAUGCGACGAAAGCUAA